CCAGUAGGCAUUGCACAAAUUCAACCUGCAUCUGGCUUGUCAUGUAACAGCUCUUCUUUGGGCCUGUGAUAAUUUGUCUCCAUCUUUUCCAUCAGUGUCUCUGUCGCAGUAGACACUGGAGCACCUGGCUGUCCCACUUGUGAGCCAGUCUUUCCAGGCAGGCUCCGUAAUGUGCUCAUCCCUAUGCUCUGCCUGUGAGGACUGGUAAUUGACUGCUCAUUAAAUGUGGAGCGAGCAGUUCCCUCCCUGUGCAGGGAAGGAUUUUAGGCUGUGUAUUGAGGCCGUGCUUGCUGCCUGCUUUCAGCUGUGCUGGUGGGCGAGGACACAAGGCUAGAUGUUACUUCCCCGCUGAUGAUUUUUUCCAGUAGUACUAAGAGUGACAAAAAAGGAAGUGCCUCACAAGGAGGAGCUUAGCUAUGAGGCGGCAUAUCCCUGGGAGUCUAGGGGCAGUGUUCCAGCUGCAAGUGCCAGCAUCACCUGAGGGAUGAGAGGCAGGAGCUGAGGACCAAGGAGGAGAAAGCCUAAUACUGCGUGGGCUUCUACCUAGCUGCUGCUGGGGGGGUUCCUGCUGUCCAGCUGGAGCAGAUGGAAAAGAAAAAGCCCUCAGCCCUUCAGAGGCAUCUCCUUCCCAUUUGGGAGCAGAGCAGAGCCCUCUGCUGCCACAGCUUCUGGUGGAAGAAGAGACAGGCUAAAAUGGCGCUGAAACUGGUGGGUGGCAGUGGGAUAAGCACAGUUAGGAAGCCCUGGGUGGUUGAGAGCAAGAUUAUCCGACAUGGAAGGAUGUCAGGUGGUCUAAGAAAGAAGAGCCUGACAGCAGCAAGGAGGGAGGUGGCAGCUCCCAGCUCUGGGUGCAUGUGGAGUGAUGUGGGGAGGAGGAUAAUUCAGAGGUGAAAAAAUUCUGAAAGCUGUAUUGUCCACAACCAGAGCAUGUGUUUCUGAGAGGCUGCUGGGCCAUGGCUGCAGUCGGUGCCACAGUGCAUUGGGGUCAGCAUGGCCAGAGCAGUGGUGAUGCAGCAGGAACAUGGAGGGGGCCUAAGGCUGCUGGGAGUGGGUAGAAUCAUUCACAGGGAUUGGCCGCUUGCUGCAGCUCCACUGUCAGUUCCUGCUCCUGCCCAGCCCUGCCCACAGCACAAGAGCCCAGGAGAGUGACCUACAUAGAAAAAAACAGAUGGGAGCUGAGCAUUGAUCUUGGCUGCUUUGAGGAGAACACAGAGGCAUGAAAGCAUUCGUUUAAUGAGGAAUAAACUCAAGGAAAAUCAUUUCUGUAUCAGCAGGAGUGCCAGAUCUUGUUUUUCUUUUGUUUUGUCUGCUUUCUGGCAGGACUGCUGCUCUGUGGAGUGGAAAUACUGCCAGAUCCUCCCUCCAAAGUGUAGUGGUUGAAUCUUAAACAGGUUGCUGUUGGGAAAAAAUGCAUUGUGCCAGAUGUAACAGUCCAAGAGAGGCUGUGGUGGCUCUGUGUCCUCAGCCCCUAACAAUAGCCAGGCUGAGCUUGUAUUUCCAGUAGGCACCACCCGUACACGCACACACUGACAGGUCCUUGUGGGUCCCUUCCAACUCAGAAUAUUCUGUGAUUGUGAAUACACAUCAAUUAACCAUAUAACCAUGGAUGGCCGCACAGAUUAUACAUCCAGCCACACAGAGCACUCACCUGCAGUGCCAGCAGCCUCAUGCCACCCCCUGUUCUGGCUGAGCAGAAUGGAAGUACACUCGUGUGCACCCAUGUAUAUAUUUGUAUUUAUAUACGUAUAUACACACAUGUACAGUGUGUCCAUCCAGCAGCUGGGUUCAGGCAGUGCCCAGCAGCUGCCCCCCGAUCCCAAUCUCUCCAGUCUUCCUGGUCCCCAGUAGCCAACUCCCUGUGGUGCUCUGGCCACAGGUCUCUCACCCAGGGCACAUUGUGAAAGGAGUUAAAUGAGAAGAUGGGACAGGCUGCACUGAUCAGGUGCAGGGCAUGGCCAAACCAUCACAAACCAUUUACACAGCACUGGCCCUUUUUAUUCCUGUAUCCCACACUUGUUUCCCCACAAGUCGUCUAGAUCCCUCCCUUUCCUGCCUUUGGUUCCUGAUGUAAACACCCCCUAAUGAGUACCGUGCAAUCCAUAAACGCUCUUCCCCUGCAUCCCAUCCUGUGUCCCACACCCCUGACCACAGUGACAUCCUAAUCCUAAAGGUGCUCUGGGGGUCAGGAUCCCCUGGGACAGCCCUAGGAGGAGGUCAGAAAGGGUAUCCUUUUCUAUGAGUCCUUAAUUUGGGCUCUCAUCAGGCCCUUGUGUCCCUGUGCUCUUCAAGAUGGGCCUCUGGUGGGCUGAUGGCCACUGGGGAUGGGCCUGGCAGGGUGCUGCUUGGGUUUCCCCUCUGCCAUCAUCACCCUGUGCUCCUGGUAUGCAGACCAGCUUUUAGCACAUGACCUCCCUAAUGACCAGUAUAGUUAGGUUUGGGAUCCUUCUUUUCAUAUAUAUAUAACCUAAAUAAAAUUUCUCUCUUUUAAAGAUUUGGCUUUCCUCCUGUAAUUGGGGGUUAUUUAGGGCAGGAAUCAAAGGCAGGAAAGGAAAGGUUCAUAUGCAGGUUAAUUCUUUACUGUGAGGGUGGUGAGGCACUGGAAUAGGUGAAGCUGUGGAUGCCCAAUCCAUGGAGGUCUUCAAGGCCAGGUUGGAUGGGGCCCUCAGCAACCUGAUGGGUGCCAUCCCUGCCCAUGGCAGGGGGGGUUAGAACUAGGUAUCUUUAAGGUUCCUUCCACCCCAAACCAUUCUGCAAUUCUACAAUAAUGAGCAGGGAUUGAAUUCAGAUGGGGCAAAUGUAGAACAGGAGAAGGGGUUGGCACCAUGGUUUCCAGUGGGACAACUGGAUGGUCCAGCGGGACACAGAUGACAGCUUCCAUGCAGCCCUCAGCACAGAGGAGUGCUUUGCAGGAGGGGUGAUGGCUGGCACACUUGUGUCUGACAUCCAGCUCCACUUGGACCGGCUUAUCUAACACUGAUGUUUCCCGGGGACUGCAGAGGAGCGAAGUCCACUGGAGGAAAAGGGAGCAGGGCCUUGGACUUUGUAUCAACUGCAAAUCACUGGUGACCAUCAGCUCUGAGUAACAUUCCCAGCUGGUAAAUACCUGGCUCUUGCAGGCACCGUUGGCUUUGGCUGGGCAUGGGCAGCCUCAUCCCUUUCCAUCUCCAAAGCCUGGAGCAGAGGGCUGGAACAGUGGACCCCAAAAGCUCCUUCCUGGCAUCCAGGCAGUCAUGUCUGGGGAGGUUUCAUGAAGACCCCAAGCCCAAUUCUGCUCAACAUGUUAAUUAAACAUUUACUAGAGGGAAUGUCUUUCCUCAGGACAUUCACUGCCUGGGUGACCAUCACCCUCUGCAGCCCAGGCUGACUUUGAAGCUGGUUCCAUUUUUUGGGCUGCGCUGCACACAGGAUGGCCUCCAGCGGUCGCUUCCCACCAAAAUAAUCCUUCCGUUCUCUGGAUACACUAACAAUUGCGGAUGUCGCACACCUGGGAAGGUGGAGUGGGAUGGCAAACUGCUUGUGAUGGCGGCGGGACGCGCUCUGAGCAUUCCACGUGGAAGUGACUGCCCAAAGGACACGGUGCCCCGGGACGCAGCGAGCCCGCCCCGGCGGCUCCGCGCCGCUCCCGGGAAGCCGUGCCCGCCUCCGGUUCCCAUGGCAGCGGGAGCCGCGGCCCGCGCCGCAGGGCCUCGGGAAGCUGCCUCCGCGGGAAGAGGGAACAGCGUCCUGUCCUGGGAGGAUGGAGGACGACGAGCAGGAGGGGGAUGAGCACAACCCUGAGGAGGAGGAGGAAGAGGGGGAGAAGGAGGACGAGGAGGAGAAAGAGAAAAAGGAGGGGGAGGAAGAGGAGAAGGAGGAAGAAGAGGUGCCGGCUCCCUGUCCUCUGACGGAGGAAGUCCUGAAGGAGGGCCUGUCUCUCCUCUGUAAGACGGGCAACGGGCUGUCCCACACCUACGUGAAGCUGGAAGCCAAAGGAAAGAACUUGACAGACAUCAGCCUGCUCAAAAGUUUCAUUCACCUGCGGUACGUGGAUUUGUCAGAGAACAAGCUGCAAGAUUUGUCUCCACUAAGCGGCCUAACAGAGCUGCUUUGGCUGAAGGUGGAUGGGAACCUGCUCACCAGCGCCUGCAUGCAGGAGCUCUCCUAUCUCCAGAUCAUCAGCUUGGAUCGCAACCGCAUCAAGGAUAUGGAAGGCAUUACUCAUCCCCGCUUAGCCACCCUCAGCCUGAAAGAAAAUAAAAUCCAGACAAUGGUGGGCCUGAGUCAGGACCAGUUGUUCAGCCUGCAAGUCCUGGAGCUGCGAGGAAACAAACUAAAGAGCACAGCAGGGCUCAGUCUUCCCAAGCUCAAGAAACUCUAUCUGGCCCAGACAACCAUUCGCAGCCUUGAAGGCCUUGAGGGGCUUGAGCAGCUGGAGAUUCUGCACCUGCGUGACAACAAGCUGGAGACCCUGGAUGGAUUCUCCAGUAGCAUGAAGUGCCUACAUUAUCUCAAUCUACGGAACAAUGGGAUCAGUAGCUUUCAGGAGGUAGAAAAACUGCAGGUUCUUCCCGUGCUGCAGGCACUGGUGCUGUUGGAAAAUCCAUGUGCUGAUGAACCCAAUUACCGGCUGGAGGUCCUUGCCCUGCUGCCACACCUGCAGCGCCUUGACAAGGAAGCAGUUGAGGAAGAUGAGAAGGAAGAGGCAAUGAAAAUCCGUCAGACAAGGCAGGAAGAAAAAGAAAAGGAAAUGGAAGGAGCUCUCAAGGAUGAUGUGUCUCUUCAGGAAAUGGAAGAAUCUCAAGAGGAUGGUGUGACUGAGUGACCUCUGUUUUUAACACCUGUUCCCAGAGGCUGUCAGGAUCUGGAGAUGCCUUUCCCCACAUGUGCAGUUGGGAACGCGAGAGAUGUAGGUGCCAGCUUCACCUCAUUUUACCUCUGGAGAAAAGAGGAGGGCUACCCACCCUGGUCCUGGAAGCUGCCCUGAGGCACUGCAGUGUUUUUGCAGUCACUGCACUGAUAUGUUCUAUUCUCAGUAGGCCCAAGAGGGAAAAUGGGAGAUUUACAGGUUCUGUGGUUCGAUUUAUGGCUCACAAAAAUCCUGCAAGAUUUUCUGAUUUGAAUAAAAAUAAUUAA